AUGGAUAGUGCCAAGUGUAACGUGGUCUAUGUCGAUCGCAACGCCAGAGAAAACACCAUUCUCGACGGCUCAACAGACAAGAAUGUGUCUUUCGUGGCAGCCACCAGCGACGCGGCUGCAGAGCUGCGUGACAACCUGGACCUGCUGGUCAACGCGUUUGGAGAAGUGCACAUCACAAACAAUGGCGCUGCGUGCGUACAGAAGCUCUUCGAUCUCCACGACACAUCCUUGAUGGAGCUCAAGCCCACAUUGGUAUUGAUUGACCUCCCAUACGAUGAGGAGAGUACUCGGACAUCAGCCAGGGCGCAGACAUCAAACGAAACAGGGUCUGCGUCCGAGAGAGACCUCAACUCGUCUGAUAUUACCAAGCUUUAUGGGCUCCGUCUACUAGAGCGCAUCGUGUAUGAGUCUCAUUCUCGGAACCUUUCCAAGCUGAUCGUGCCAAUUCCGGUCGUCAGCUUUCCGCUGCUCAGGACACCACCUCCACAGCAAGAUUCGCUCGAGCCAAAACGCGCAGAGGCUGCACACCCACCAUACGCCAAAUAUCUAUCAGAGGCGCCCGACCCAAGCAGUCGUAUUCUCACCAACCGCGCUUUACUGAGGAAGUGCUUGGACGUUGGUGCAAUUGACGUCAUGGCCAGCCCACUCCACAUGAAGACGCUCGCGACACUCGAAGUGCAUGCAUAUCGUGCUCACAAGGAGGCAGGCAAAGACCAGCAGGCUUUCCUAGAAAUCCGUCGUGGCCGUAAGCGGUCAUGGGUCGGCAUGCACGACGAGAAGCCGUUUUCAUAUCUCAGAGAGGCUAUGGUGUCGGGUCUCAUGAGCAAUAUUUGCCAAGCUGGGCAGGAGACGGAACCAAGUGUUGGCAGCAUCAAGAUCGAGGUAUCGCCUGAGCGUCGAGAUGAAAUCAGGAAUGCCCUUGGGCAGUGGCACUUUUGUGCUCAUGAGCUCAGUGACGAUGACCUGGUCAUAGGCGCAAGCUUAAUGUUCCAACACGCGUUCACAAUCCCGGAGCUCGAUCACUGGCGAAUAUCUACAGAUCAAUUGACGGCAUUUCUUGUCGCCUGCCGUGCAGCCUACAACACAUUUGUACCCUUUCACAACUUUCGGCAUGCUGUUGAUGUGUUGCAAGCCACCUUCCACUUCUUGGUCAACAUCGGCACGCUGCCACCUUUCUUGGCAGAUGAAGGCACAAACAACGAUACAGAGCCGAAGUCGCCACUUGCCUCACUUCUGAAGCCAUUCGAGGCCUUGACGCUUCUUGUCAGCGCGAUCGGUCAUGAUGUGGGCCACCCUGGAGUCAACAAUGGAUUUCUCAUCACCUUGAACGCGCCAUUGGCCCAACUGUACAACGACAGAUCUGUCCUCGAAUCCUUCCACUGCGCUGCCUAUUCUCAGAUUUUACGAAGAUAUUGGCCUGGGGUCUUUGACGACACGAAGAUGAGAAGUCUUAUGAUCAGUACGAUAUUGGCGACAGACAUGGGCUUGCAUUUUGACUACAUGAAGAAACUCGGCGAUCUCCAGGAGCGAUUGCAGGAGAACAACUCUGUUGAUGGUUGGAAUGGCCGCAUGAUUGAAGAGCAGACUGCUUUUGCCUGUUCCCUCCUGAUCAAAUGUGCCGACAUUAGUAAUGUGGCUCGAAAACAUGACACAGCCCUACAAUGGAUGUAUAUUCUGUGCGACGAGUUUUCUCGACAGGCUUCCAUGGAGGCGGAGAUAGGCAUACCGUCGUCACUGAUAUCCCCUCCGAAGAAGGACUUUCUAUCACUUGCCAAGGCCCAGCUUGGAUUCAUGAACAUGUUUGCAAUCCCUUUGUUUCAAGGCGUGGCAGAUGUGCUGCCUCUGAUGCAGUACACAGUCGAGGAGCUCGAAAUCAACAAGGUCAAGUUUGAGAACGACAUCGAAAACCUUCCAGCGAUGAAUGAGGAGCGCCAGAAGCGCCUCCUUGACGGAACACUAUCCCCAAGGUCCAUGAGCAUUGCGCAACCCGAGCUGAACAGGACAUCCUCCUUCGGCGCCGUUCUCCAGCCUUUCAUCGAGCUUCCCGAGCACCAUGCUGAGAUCAAAGAGGCCAGUCGCUCCCCUCCUGAUCAGGCAAACCACGUGCCGAACGUGGCCGAAACCUACAAAGAGAUGAAUGGAGUCGCCCCCGAUGCCGAUAGCGUAACGGACUACGCACCAACAGACUCGUAUUCUAUGGAUCAAGACAGCAUGCAUCUGCGGCACAACGGGAAACAGCGCCGUAGCGAGACGACCGAAGGAAGUAGCUCGGUUCCAUGUUCUGGAGACUGGCAAUCGCAGGUCACAAGUGCGACGACUGGCAGGAUGCCGAUGUCCCCAAGCACGCAGGGAACCAGCAUUCGCAGCCAGGCCUCGACUGACCACGACUUGGGACUGCCAACCACGACCGUGACUGGCACUGAUGGCGACCAGUCAGCGACACCACGGGCUGACCAAGACCAUGCUCUAUACGAGGAUGACUCUAAUGGCCACACUUUACGUCCCGACAGAUCGCUUAGGAAGAAGACAAGCCGGUUCCGGAUGAAUGCCAUGGCAUUUUUUAGGAGAAAACAAUCGCCUGGCUCCCCAUCUUCGGGCCACGAGCCAGCGACAUGA